AUGCAACGCCUAACCCUUGCCCUCGCCCCUGCGGCGGCUCUCGCGCAGACUUACUACGGCUGCUACACCGAGAUCCCGGCGCGCGCCCUGACAGGCUCCUCAUUGAUCGACUAUGAGGGCAUGACCAUCGCGGUGUGCGAGACACACUGCACAGGGCUGGGUUUCGAUAUUUGGGGUGUGGAGUAUGGUGGAGAGUGCUACUGCGGGAAUGCCCUAGCCCAGGGCUCGUUCCCGGCCUUUUCCACCGACUGCACGAUGCCAUGCCCGGGAGAUACCCCUCCCACGACAACAACCACCACCGAACCUCCCACCGAAACCCCCACCGACAUCCCCGCCCCGGCUGAUCCCGCAAGGGCCAAGACUAAGCGCAGAACCACCCUCCUCAACCCCCGCGCCGACACCACCAUCUGCGGCGGCCCCAACCGCCUCUCCCUCUACGGCACCUCCCCCGACCCCCCUACCGUGACCCCCUACCCCCACCCCGCCGUCGGCCCAACCCCUUCCUACCUCGGCUGCUGGACCGAACUGACCGACGCCCUGGGCCUGCGCACGUUGCCGGGAGCGAGCGGGUUUUCCCCGACCGACAUGACAGUCGCCGGGUGCGGAUCGUACUGUCUCAACAACGGGUUUGAGGUGUUUGGGUUGGAGUACGGGGCGGAGUGUUAUUGUGGUGCGGAGUUGAAUGUGAAUAGCACUAGUGUGGCGGAGGCGGAGUGCGGGAUGGCGUGUUCGGGUGCUGCGGAGGAGGUGUGUGGGGGGUCGAAUCGGUUGAGUGUGUGGGAGUGGGUGGCGGAGACUGAGGAGAAGUAA